AUGGCUCGUCCACUAUUCCAUAACAUCUUCCUCCGUCUCCCUCCCGGAACAGCAGUCCUUCUCUUAAGCUUCGUGUUCAGCCCAACAGAAGGUCAUGCGCUCCCACAACAGACGAAAGUCGUCGCCUUCCGUGAGCUAGAUGUAAUACCAUUUCCUCCGCUACCCACGGACCAGCCGUUAUCCCCUUUUGAUCUCCAACGGCGGCAAGAAAAUACAGUAUGUGGCUAUCUUGGAGGCGACUCAAAUCUUCCCGCAACAUGUUCGGCAGGAUCACAUUGUGUGCUGGAUCAGGCCAAUUCGGUGGUGGGUUGCUGCCCGAAUGGCGGCGCAUGUACGACAGGGGUUUUCACAGGUUGCGUCGACAGGAAUAGCGAUCCACAAACCGAGAUUAACCCCUAUGUAUACACAUGUCAGGGGAGCGACGUGUGCUUCCUGAACAACUUUGCAGGCGGUUAUUCCCAGUAUGGCUGCGGCACUGCAUCGACAAUAGGCACUAGUGUCGAGACCUCUGCCGAGGGUGCGACAAAGGUGCUGAGCAUCACGACUGUCGAUGUGAGUUUGACAGAGUCCCCAAGCACACUUGCGACACCGACGAAAAUUGGUUCAACUGCGACCUCAUCCGACUCUACUUCUACAUCCUCCAGCGCAUCUUCUCAUACCAAAUCUUCCACGACACACUCCAGCUCGUCAACAUCACCAACGAAAACCCCUAGCUCGACGCCAACAAAUACAGAUGCUCCCCCAUCAACGGGACAGACUCGGACUGGUGUUAUUAUUGGUGGUGUUGUUGGAGGUGCUGCAGCCCUGAUAGCACUAGCUGCUCUCGGGCUUUUCUGCUUGCGUCGACGGAAUCAAAAUCAUCGCAUAGGGCCAGGACCAGCACCGAAAGCACCUCCAACAACGCACUAUACCAGUCCAAUACAAUCUCACGGAGCGGCUUUCGCACCGUUACCCUCGUGGAAUGAUGAGGAUGGGUCACCUCCUCCCCCAACUGCCCAUAACCAUGCGCAUCCGUAUCCGCCUGAGCCUUAUGUCCCACUCGAGCGAACGCGGUCAGCUGUGUCAUCCCAUUUUCGCACUCACUCAGAUCCGCAUCCACCUGAUUCUUACGGCCCGCUUGAAUCUACUCUUUCUACCCCAACACCUGCAAACUUGGCGAGCGUUCAUGGCUAUUUGCAGCCGAUGCGGUAUAACCCAGGCUAUCCGUCGGUGGCCAUGCCACCACCGAAAGGUAGCUUAACACCCGUGGUGGAGGAGGAUCAACCGCUAGAGCGUGAAGAGUCACAGGGCCGCGAGAUUGAUGACUUCUCGCGGGCGUACUCAAGCGCGGAGAUAGGGCAGCUCACAGACGAGGAUGUUGAGGAAGACCGUACACCACUGCGGGCCAAUCCCCAAGACAUGCAACAAGAAGGAGACUCGACACGACGAACUGCCGGAAAUCGCCCACUUUGGCAGCAAAACCGGCAACAAAGCCGGAACUUAAUGUGGUUAUAA